GCCGCCAUUUUAAAUUAUGACGUCAUGAGUUCAUGAUGCAUACAGUACGCGUAUAACGCUAAUAUACGUGGGAGCUGCCAGAUGUAGACUUGGACAUGACUGACAUUGAACCUUACUGUUUUGAGCCUGAGCGUAGAGUAGUUGAUGAUUCUUCGAGUACGGAAGAUGCAGAUAGUACGGAAAAUCUAGACGGCGAUGACGGAAGAGGAUCAACUGAAGAUGGAGAGAGAGUGGGCAACAAGGAGUGGUGUAGCUGUGGAACGUGUGGUAUCAUGCCUACCGGUAAAGAAUGCCUUUGUUGCCAAGAAAUGGACGAACUAGACUGGAUGUUGCAUGGUUUACGUUGCAUCACUCAGCACGAAGAUUUUGCUUCUGUGUGCCUAAAUGGAGGGGUGCUGCGCACAGCGGUGGUGGCAAUGGUUGACGUGAGACAGGAUUCUAUCACAGAGCCACUAACGUGCAGGUUGCUGAGGUUGACAUCUUACCGGCAGUUUACAUACUGGGUACACAGGAAAAUGGGCAGGGGAGUGAGAAGAGUGAUACCAUCAUGUGUUGUGACUUCUAUCAGAGGGCACUUUCCUGAAGAAACUGGGGAAUAUAUUGGAUUUCAAGAAAGUUGUGAUGGGCCACAGUGGCCAGUGUAAAGUUUUUAGCUAGCUAGUAUCAGAAUCUGCUUUUGUAGUUUUCUAUAACCGUUUCCUUUGGUGGUCUAGGGCAUGUUGCAAUAUUAGGGGGUAUAGAGGCUUGUGGUGGAUAAGCUUUCUUAGUCUUCAGUGACUUGU